ACGCGUUCUCCGACACCGCGGCCACCUCGAUAACUUACUCUAUCUCCGCGUCUUCUCUGGAUGAAGAGGAUGUUUCAUGGAUGCACGAGCGGAAAUUCCGCGACCCUGUGCACGAUUACAUACCCGUUUCGCAGAAACUUUGCCAAUUCAUUGACACGCCGCAUUUCCAGCGCAUGAAGCGCAUAAAGCAGCUUGGAACCUCAUACUGGGUAUUCCCUGGAGGGAGUCACAACCGCUUUGAGCACUGUCUGGGUGUUGCGCAUCUUGCCCGCCUUAUGGCUUCCACGCUGAGGACACGCCAGCCAAAACUCGGGAUUACAGAUCGCGAUAUCGAUUGCGUAGAGAUAGCCGGUUUAUGCCAUGAUCUCGGCCACGGUCCUUGGUCUCAUGUUUGGGAUUCCAUCUUCAUACCAUUAGCUCAGAAAUUAACUCCUCGCCCCAAUAUUCCUCUGAAUUGGAAGCACGAGGACGCCUCCGAAAUGAUGCUUGAUGAUUUAAUGGCCACUCAGAACAUCACCGGCGUUGGUGAUGACGAGGUCAAGUUCAUCAAAGGACUCAUCGCAGGCGACCAUUCACGUACCCCACACGAGAAGCGAUUCUUGUUCGACAUCGUCGCCAAUAAACGAAAUGGGCUCGAUGUAGACAAACUCGACUACAUCGCCCGCGACUCUCAUCAAGUCGGCAUAGGUAAAAACGUCUGGUGGACAAGGUUGCUGGCUACAGCGCGAGUUAUUGAUGAUCAAAUCUGCUACAACGUCAAAGAUAGCUAUAAUGUCCUCUCAGUCUUCGCCGCGCGCUUCAACCUCCAUAAGCUAGUUUAUAGUCACAAGACCGCCAAAGCCAUCGAGUAUAUGCUGAUUGACGCACUCCUUGCGGCAGAGCCACACAUGAAGAUCGCGGAGCGAAUCAACGAUCCCAAACAAUUUAUGCACCUUACCGACUCUAUAAUGGAGGAGAUAGAGCGAUCCACGCAACCUGAACUACAACAUUCACGAGACAUCAUGGCGCGGAUAACCCGUCGCGAUCUAUACCGUACUGUGGACUACCGAUUGUUCCGCUGGGGUUUGAAGGGAAAACUCUACCAGUGGUUCACGCCCGACACAAUUGCAGCGGCGGCGAAGGAGGUGCCGGGCGUCGAUCCGGACAGAAUUGCCAAGCUGCGCGCAGAGGACAUCCUCGUAGACGUCUCAUCUAUGCACCAUGGCAUGGGGGAUAAGAACCCUCUGGAUCGCGUGAAGUUCUGGUCCAAGCAGAAACCGAAUGAGAGCCAUCACGCGGGAUCCCUGGUCUCCUCGACCGUAACACCGAAGGAAUAUGGCGAGGUCCUCUUGCGUAUCUACACUCGUAAUCCAAGCUUCUACGGCAUCGUCCAAGCAGGCUAUCGCCGAGUACUCGAUAGAUUCUCAGAAGAGAACGUUCUCGACACGGAUGUGCCAGUUACCCCCCUCGAAGGCCCCAGCUCCGCGCUCACACCUCCGGCCACCGAAGCAGCCAACACGCCUCGUGGGUCGUUUGCGGACCUUUUCAUUUUCGGCGAAGAUGAACCAUCCGGGUCAUCGUUGAGUCGGAAGGGAUCAUCUGGCAUCAUCGCUGGCUCAGAUCCCUCUACGCCAAAGCCCACCACACAAGAAACCCGCACCAAGAGGACGUUCGGCCGCGUUGCGUCAGCGCAGAACCCGUUUUCGUCCGUCCCGCUCAAUUCUACUGCGCCGACGCCGCUGCCAAAGAGCGAAGGUAGAAGCAGGAAACGUGGUGGAGACGACAUGAAUCACGGCUCACCCCCGCCCAAGCGUAUCGCUUCAUAAGGAGCAGUCCCGUGGAUCCAUGACGACGAUAGAUUGAUCCUU